UAAUGAUAUCGAAAUACUAUCUAUGAUUAACUUUGUUCUGAAUAAUAUAUACAAUUAGUUUAUGAGAAAGUAUACAUAUAGGAACAAAAAUAUUUAAAAGAUCUGACAAGAUCUAUUUGAGUGAUAUUGAUGAUACAAAGUAAAUACAGCAAUAAUUCUAUAUUUUUUAUAAAUGUGAACAUAUAUUAGCAAAUUUUUAUUUAAUCGCUACAGGUGGCAAUACACAUAUUCAGAUAUUUUGGUUCAGGGGGGUAAGCGUGCGCCUGCAAGAUGGCAAUUCUUCCUUCUGCCAAACACGAACAGUGGUAUUUGAUACGAUUUUUAUGAAAUAUUAGUUUUAAGAAUGACUGAAGUGAAAAAAGAUGAUGUUGUUAAAAUUUUACACACUUAUCCUCUAUGCAGAAAAUGCGAUAUGUCUGACGAAAUGAAACAAGAAGCAAUGGAACUGUGUGUUACUGCUGCAGAAAAAUAUGCCGAUAAUUAUGAAAGUGUUUCUCGAAUGAUUAAAGAGACCAUGGAUAAAAGAUUCGGCGCAUCUUGGCAUACAGUCGUCGGCGAGGGAUACGGAUUUGAAAUAACUUAUCAGCUAAAACAUCUUCUAUAUAUGUACUGUGCUGGAAACCUAGCGAUAUGUAUAUGGAAAUCGGCUUAGUAAAAUUGACAAAAAUUAAAACAAGACGAAAACGCGAACAGAUGUACAAAUCAUA